CCGGCAGGCAGGUUGCUGUUGGUGGCUCCGCCAUCAGGCUCGGCGGCAGUCGCGGAGAGGAAAGAGACGGCGGCGGCGGAGGCGGACGGCGCACAAGCGUGGACUGAGGGGAAGCGGGCCGGUCUCUUUAUGGAGCUGCCGCUCUUGCCUCCGCCGCAGCCGCUGGCCUGGGGCUGAGGAGGCCGCCCUCGCCCCUUCCCUUCGCCGGAGAAACAGAAACAAAGCCCCGCUAGGAGCUGCCUGCCUCCUUCUCCCGCCUCCUUGGCUGAAAUUCAGGCAGAGCCCCGCGAGAGGAGGCGCCGCCGCCGCCGGAGCAGGGCCCUUCCUCCCGCCCUCCCUUCCGCCCUUCCUUGGGCAUUUGGAGCCAGUUUUCCCUCCGUUGGAAUAAGGAUCCGCAUCCUCGCCUGUCUUCCAGCUGGGCCCCCUGUCAUCGACCUUUGUUUUGAAGGCGCUUCCCUCGCCUCCAUCACCACCAGCUUCCUCCAAAGGACCAAGAUGCCUUUCCCCGCUCUCCAUGUCGGGGUUGUCACUCACCUUUGACGCUGAUGUGGAAUGAUAUGUGUUUAUGCAUACCAUCAACGUAGGUAUUCCCCUUUUUUAAAUUCAGGAUAUAUAUAUAUUUGAGAGGCGGCCAUAGCAGUUUUCCAGGCUGAAAAUGAUCCUAAAGUGGGUUUUGCCUUACUGGACCUGUAUCUCCUCCGUGCCCAUUUUGGUCGUCUUGAACUGUUACGCUCUGCUUGCUAGCGCAGAUAAUACCAACCAAGCGUAUUAUACAGCUUUCCUGAAUGUGACUGUCUUGAAUCCAGAGCGCUCUGCUUUCCUCAUCCGUGGUCGCUAUGGGCAGGAUUCGCCCAAAAGAGGUGUCACGGGCCUGCUGCUGGCGCCUUUGCCCAUCAAUGGAGUUGUAGAUCGUUUAGGCUGUGAUCAACGAACACGGUUUCAAGUUCCCCCAAACACCAAACAGUGGAUUGCUCUUCUGCAGCGAGGAAAUUGCACCUUUAAACAAAAAAUAAUGCGAGCAGCUUUACAGAAUGCUUCAGCUGUGGUAAUUUACAACAAUGUAUCUGGAGAGGAGCCUGUCACUAUGACUCACCAAGGAACUGGUGACAUAGUCACUGUCAUGAUCACAGAGUUGAAGGUUAAGGAGAUCCUAACUUACUUAGAAAAAAAUAUGUCUGUCCUAAUUGCAAUAGCAGUUGGAACCCGCUCUCAAAACAAAAACUUUAGUCGUAGCUCACUUGUCUUCGUAUCAAUAUCAUUUAUAGUUUUGAUGAUAAUUUCUUCAGCGUGGCUAAUCUUUUACUUCAUUCAGAAGAUAAGAUAUACAAGUGCCCGUGAUCGAAAUCAGCGCCGUCUUGGAGAUGCUGCCAAGAAAGCUGUUGGUAAACUGACGACGAGGACUGUGAAGAAAGGUGAUAAGGAAACAGACCCAGACUUCGACCAUUGUGCUGUCUGCAUUGAAAGCUACAAGCAAAAUGAUGUUGUCCGCAUUCUUCCAUGCAAACAUGUUUUCCACAAAACCUGUGUAGAUCCAUGGCUCAGUGAACACUGCACCUGUCCUAUGUGUAAACUGAACAUUUUGAAGGCCCUGGGAAUUGUGACAAAUGUGCCAUGUGCUGACAAUAUGGCCUUUGAUAUGGAAAGGCUUACCAGAGGUCAACUAGGAAACAGAAGAUCAGUACUUGGUGACCUUAGCAGUGACACUUCACUCACUCUUGAGCCCCUGCGUACUUCUGGAAUAUCACAAUUUCCACAAGAUGGGGAGCUUACUCCAAGGACAGGAGAGAUAAAUAUUGCUGUGACUAGUGGCCAUUUUUUCCAUCGCAAUUCUCUCUCUCCUCGGAGCUUGGUCUAUGAAAACGACUUCUCUUCCAUUGAGCCCGUCUUGGACAUGUAUGAUGAGAACAAGACCUGAAGAGGAUCUGCAUCCUUCUUGCUUUGCUCUCUUUCCCUUUUUCCUUUUCCGUUUCUCAUUCCUAUUGUUGUGUACUCCUUCCAUGGGUGUCCUUUGUCUGAAGAAGAGCUGCCUUUUCCAGAACAUGUGCCUGGCUGCCAGGCUGCAAAGGUGAAGCUCAGCUGAGGCAAUAUCUGAGGAUGACAUCUGUGAACGGAUGAAGUGUGCACAAACGUCGGCUGUGGGAGGUUGCCGAAUGGCAGAAUUGCCGUUAGCAGUGCCAGAUUGAUGGUGUCAGUAUGCUAGAGGUUUACCCUACUCAGUUUUAAUUUUGUACAACAAUCACCUCUCUUGAGUAGGCACAUGGUAUUUCUCUUUUUUAAUACAAAAAUUGCAGUGUUUGCCAGCUUCGUUGCCUGACGGAGGAAGGGGCAGGCUGACUGCCCAAAGUGCUCCAGCUACUUUUGUUCUGUCUUUGCUCUUAUACUGAACGGUUCCCAUUCCAAAGGGAUCUCCAAGAAACGUAUUUACGUCCCAGCUUUGCUGUUUUAACAGGCUGAUGGCAGAGCAAACCAACGUUACAGCCUGCAACAUCCAUACAAGAUUCUGGGGAUCUUUUGUGUUUCGUUGCUGAGCCUAACUAUGAACAAAACCUGCUUAGAAAGAAUGCAAAAAAACAAAACAAAAACACAGCCAUUUUUCCAGCCUUCUCCAGAAGGAAUCUCUAACUUUAAAAUAUGCUGCUGAAAUUUAUAUACCCAAUAUUUGACCUUGGUGAUUUCAGACAUCUUAAGAAGAAUCCAGGAAUCAAAAAAAAAUAGGUUAUUGCUUGUUUUUCAAAGAUGUGUUGUUUUUUCACUCUAAUUUUUAAGAAGCCAGAUACGUUGGUGUUAUAUGCUGAAGGAACUGGAAAGCUUCCUUCCUACAUGUUUUUAUUGAGAUAACUCUAAAUCAUGGAGCAACAAACAUUUUUUCCAAAGCUGCUCGUAUUCCAGGGGACAUGAACAUUAUGAAUGCAGCCAGGAGGUAAAUCAGCAGCUGCUUUGACAUCCAAAUGAAUCCCUUUUUACUAUAAUGGGGCAUCAGUAGCAAGACAUAAACUUUCUGAUGCAAAAACAGACAGUUAAAAGAUGAAAGACUAAUGUUUUUAAAAACUAUCAACAGUGUUGCUUGAGCAAAAAAAAGUAUAAUAUUCAGAUUUGAUUUGAACUGUGGAAUUGUUUCUCUGAAGUAUGUUUUUCUGCUGAGGAUGCCACGUGAAACAUUAACAACUGACAAAUGUCAUUUUCCCCCACUGCAAAUCUGAGCUCUGUAGAGAUAGAAAAGGUACCCUUGUAGUGUGAACAUGAGCUUAAUUCUCUUGUCAGUCUUGAUUGCUGAAGAGCCUGAAAGCUAAAAGGAAAGGUAAGGAAUGCUGUGUGGGUACAUUUAGGGAACUUAAGCUUAAGCAGCCAGAUGGAAAGCAUCUUGGUCUUUUUCCUACAGAAAGUAGAGAUUUACAGUAACUGGGAAAUUGUUUCCUACAAAAACAAGGACUCCCUUGCCCUGGAAUGUAGUGGAACUUUGAUGCAAAGACUUGAAGCUAGCUCUGUGAAGCUAUUUCAGGGGUGGGGGUGUUAGUAGGGAUGCUUGGUUUGUGUUGCUGUGAUGGCCAUAUUGUGUCUGAUCAUUCUUGACUGGAUAGUGCAGGGCUUAAGGGUUUACCACUGGCAACUGUUCGUUUGUUAUUUGUGCCAGGCAAGUUUUAAUAUUCACCACUAACCAUGAGAAAUUCUAAACAAAAUAUUUUUAAAAGCACAGUCUUGAAGUGUUGUGAAUUAAAUUUAGAGGUUUGGGAGAAAAGAUUAGUAAUACGCUUAACAGGAUUACAGUGAUAUUAUUUGAAUGGACACAUACACAAACCCUGCAUUCAUUUUUCCUUGUACAAACUGCCAAUAUCAUAUACAUUCAAUUGUUGAUUAGAAAGUGGUGUCACAUUAUGUAAAGAGCACUCAUGGAAAAAAUAUUAGUGGAACUUUGAUAAGAAAAAACUAAAUCAAGUUCAGUAUUAUUCAGUCAUAACAGCACGUUAUUGAUAAAUCUGAAUUUUAGAAAAUUAACAAGCGAUAAUUUAAAACUCUGAAGUGCAGAUUGCACCAGACUUUGCAAACUCCAAUAGUAGUGCAAUAUAACUUUGAGCACUGGGUGAGGGUGGGGUGAAAUGGGUAGUCCAUGGGCUAAAAGAAUGUGAAUUGGAUAGAUCCUGAGAAAACAUUAAUAGGAAGCAAAAUAUAUUCCCCGUGUAAAAAUGCAAACAGAACCCAAUCCAGAGGAGGAAAGAGUAUUUCUUAAAUUCUGUUUCAAAUCGAUUGUUUCUAGGGCUUAAUUAUACCUAAUUUAUUUUGCAUUUGAAUUCAACUCUAUAAACUCUAGGGGGUAGAUAGGAUGUUUAGUGAGUGAAUUGUAAUAUCGACGUGUUUCAACAGAUAUCAGCCCAUUGUUCUUACAAAUCUUUACAAUUUUCAGCAAAAUUUCUUGCAUCCAGUGUCCACCUUUUAACUUUUCAAACUGGAAUUACACUAUAGAGAUGAGUUGGGCAAUAUCUAAUUUUUAAGUGGUUUAAGUCUGGAUUAUUGUUUGCUAAAAAAAACCCUAGUUUUCUUUCUAAAUCAAGCAGUUUGUAAUCUGGUAGUGCCUACAUUGAGGCAAACCAUUACUUCUCCUACCACAGUGGUGACAUUGGUGAAGUAAUUCAAAUGUUGGUGGACUGCAAGUCCCAGCAGUCCCUAGGUAACUCAGUCAAUGGUGAGGAAUACUGCAGGUUGCAGUCUAACAACCGGGGAACCAUACAGUUCCAACCACUGCUGUACCACUGUAUUGUCUUUCAGUACGUCAGAAUCACAUGCAAAAGAUUCUUUCCUGGCCUUGGAAUCAGAGAUUCUUUCAACUGAAGCUUCUUGGGAUUGAACUUGGAAAUUUCUGCAUUCAAACUUGUUUUUUAACUGUCGAACUGUGCUAGCCUCUCCCAUUUUUUAAACAAAUAAGACAAGAUACUUCAACUGCAUGACUGUAGCUGUAGCUGGUCUCCCCAUUACUAAUAUUUUAAUUUGGUGUUCUAAGCAUUGGAAGUGAUCUCUGCAGUCAAUGAUAUAAAGGGAGCACUUAGAAUAAGACAUAAAAACAUUUAAGGGUAGGAUAGGUAAAGGUUUUCCCUUGACAUUAAGUCCAGUCGUGUCUGACUCUGGAGGUUAGUGCUCAUCUCCAUUACUAAGCCGAAGAGCCGGUAUUGUCCGUAGACACCAAACAUUUAAUGACUGCAGUUAAUUACUGACUCAUCUUAGUCUUACGAAUUUAGUUUUGUUUGCAAUGCUGGGUACAUUGACUCAUGAGGAUAUAAUUAUAUGAACCUAGACCAAGCUGGUGCCCUCCAGACAUUCUGGAUUAUGUCUCCCAUCACUUCUCAUCAUCGGUAAUGUUUCCGAGGCUGAUGGGAAAUGUAAUCCAAAAUUUCUGGAUGGCUUACCUAAAACAUUAUUUGUUCUAACAAUGAAAGCACUCAAAGUAUCCUUCUGAUUCAUUUAAAACUUUUCAAAUUUUGCUAAGCUAUAUAUUCCAGUGUGAUUCUGAAAUCUAAAAGGGGGGAAAUUCCUUAUCCUAUUGUGAGGAUAGUGUUCAACACCAAGGAUACCUGCUUUAAAUACACACAAAACCCAGAGUGGAUUCACCACUGGGCACCAUUAGUAUUUUAAAAACAACAUCCUUAGGGAGAAGUGUUUUAAUUCUUAUGCCUCAAUUAUACCUAUCUCAAUGUUAUUAAAAUUGCUUUUCCCCUCUAUAUCUUGUCCAUCAUCCAUUGUUUUACGUUUUGUUAUAAGUAUUCCGGGGAGAAUAUAAUUAAGUAAAUAGCAGUUGAUAUGUACAGUCACCCUGUGAGGAAAAAUGGCUUAUAUUUAGAGGCAAAUACUCAUUUAUGCCACGAGGCUAUCAUUUUCUCUUUUCUUCUAUGAUAGCUUUUUUAUUAUCAUGAUUUCUGAAAAUAAGUUUGCUUAGGAUGAGAACACAUGCAAAUUGAUUCUCAAAAUCGAAAUGGAUGGGCAUAUCUGCACACAGGUGACAAGGAAUGGUCACAGGUAUUGUCUAAAUAUCUCAGUGUGAGUAAUAUAGUAUUUUAAAACAAAAAAAAUGAAAGCAAACCAUAGAAAAUUAAACAAUGUAUAAACUUGCUCAUUCUUUUCUGCUUGAAAAGUAGAAACAUUGCUUAAUUUUUAAAAGAGACUUAAAUAAGCAAUUGAUGAUUAGUUUGCAUGCUAAAGAACUACAACAAACAUUUGUAGCAAAAACAUAGCCAUAACAUUUUUUUCUAUACAGAGAUUGUCUAAGAUAGUGGUUCUCAGCCUGGGGUCCCCAGAUGUUUUUGGCCUACAACUCCCAGAAAUCCCAGCCAGUUUACCAGCUGUUAGGAUUUCUGGGAGUUGAAGGCCAAAAACAUCUGGGGACCCCAGGUUGAGAACCACUGGUCUAAGGUGUCUGGAAGGUGGGGAGGUAUGAAACAGAUAAUGGUGCUUUUUCCAGAUGGAAAUGAGUUUCCUAACUGUGGCCUGAGAAAUAUCCUUGUCAAUGUACCCUGUCUUACAGGAAGCAUUGCUUGGAUUAGGAUUUGAUAUUUUUACCAAGCUAUCCUUGCCCAACUACCAAUACUGCUUCCCAAUUCACAGCUUCAGGGGCAGCAAUCAUUUUAUAGGUACUUGGAUGUGGUCACUUUUUUGUAGGCAGUAUAUGCCAUGAUGUUCUAAUUCUGUCCAAAAGAUGACUAGAAGGUUCAUUUGAAAUGCCAAAAGUCUCCCAGCUAAUGUACAUAACAAUUAGUUGAACUCUUACAAGUAAUAUCAUAGCAGAAAUAGUGCCUAAGAACAAUGAUACUUUUUAAAAUAAAAUUCCCCAGAUUUUGCCAUUUUCCAAGAUUAAGCCCAGACCUGUUCUCUAAUAUUUGUAUAAUGUUAAUCAAGGCCUGCCAGCAUAGCCAAUACUUAGAUAUACUAGAAGUUGCAGUCCCCACUGUCUCUGGGGGGCCUCGUGUGUCCCCAGUUCUCUUGCAGAUGAUAUAAUAAAGCAAGCAGUGGCUUAGACCAUUGAGACUAUGCCCUCUCCUUCUCUCACUAUUAUUCUAACAUUGUAGCUGUAGGGAACUCUGGAAGUGAAUAGACUUAUGAGGACUUUAUGGCAAGGCACACUUGUUCACACACUUAACGGGCUACAGAGCCUGUAUUGAAGGAGGAAGCAACUACUUUUUCUCAUCCCAUGUACUACAUGCACUGCAGAGGGGGCCAAGUACACAACCAGUUCCUUAUAAUUUCCCACAACCUCUCCAUGAAUAAGCUUUCUAAUGGUAUGUACCAUGGAGAAGGAAGUGGUAUGACUUGCACCAUAAGUUAUUAAGAGUACUAGUGGCCUGCUAGGUGUAUGAAUGAGAUUUAGGUUUCUGCCUGCUUCUGCCAGCCUGUUUCUAAGGUGUCAAAGGUGGGCUUACAGGAAGAGGAUCUGCUUUAUGCCCGAUCUUCUAGGAGGGGCCCUAAGAAAAUGCAAUAAAUAUAUAACAAUGAGAAAAUGUGAAUAGUGUGAAAAAGAAUAGAAACUGUACAUAGAAAAUACAGCAUGGGAUGGUUGUUUACUUUCUACUGUGAUGCAGUCAUCUUUGUGACCUUCCUAAGUACAUGCAAAAUUGCAGAGGAAUUGUUCAGUUCAGACCAUUAAGUGCUAUGCUUUAUUCAUAUUGAAAUAAUGUAUGUGUAGGAGGCCCUCCUUAAAGACCUCCUCAUAGUAAUUAGUCCAUAAGUUGAAAGCAUCCAUCUUGUUUUGUGCAGAAGUUGCCCAUUGUCCCAAAGGAGUGGGGAAAGAACGGAAAGAGGACAGUCAGUAACUUUGGACAAGCAUUUUGUUUACAAAGGCUGUAGGAGUCUUAAGUUUUUGAGUCUUAAGCACCAAGGAGCUGCAAACAUGGGCAUGUCUACACAAAUGCAUAUUUUAUGCUAUUUCUGCCACCAGGUUUUCUCCCAAAGAAUGCUGGUGAUUCUGUUACCUCACAAAAUUGAUAGCAUUAGCAUUCAAUCAUCUCAUCCCUCCCCAAACAGUUUCCUUCUUGGUACAAAAAAGGGAACAUUAUUAGGCCUCUCUCUCCUGAACUAAAUCAUUAACUUGACUCUGUGGGAGAUAGGAUUUAGUAUUUGAGGAGAAGACAAAAAAAAGAGUUAAAGCAGGUUUCAUUCCAUUUUGAAUGAUGCAGUAUUUUUCCAGUCCAUUGACCUUGCUCAAGUGUUACUCGUUUUUCCAUCCACAGAGAAAUCCCAUCUGCGUGAUGCAGUCAAGGUUGUGUCAGCUGGUAAUGCCUUUUGCAUUAUUGCCAUUUUAAAGCUGGGUGAUCUUAAAGCAUCCAUCCAUAUAUCCCUGGGUAUUCAUGUUUAAUUUUAAUGCUCCACAAAAAAUGUGAAUCUACCCCCUCCCUUUUAAAGAUACUCAGAUAAGAGACACUAAUUUAAUAGAUUGCUCCACUGAUGGUUGCUGCUAAAAAUUCCCAUUACCUUAAAUUUUUCUGAGUUCACUUCAAGAAAUCCUGCCUUAAACUGUCCUUGUUCUCCCCUGCCUCGCACAUACUCCCCACCAAGACACACACAGCCUUGUGUUCCUUAUAACAGCAACUUAUGGCUGAAUCUCUAUCAAAAACUAUAAAAGGAGAUCAAAGAAAUAAUCUGCCUCUUUAAAAUUUGCAUAAACGCAGAAAGAUUGUACUAGUGCAGCAAGCCUAUAUUUCUGUAGCUCUGUUUGGCUUUAGAGAAAAUAAAGAAAGGAAUGACGACAUCAUGGGUUACCAUAAUUUUCUGUUGUUUAUGGUGACAUCUAGUGGAGAGGAACAGGACAAAUUUACUCCCCCAAAUCAUUUGAUGUUUUAGCACCUGCUUAGAAAAUAAAAUCCACUUAGAAAAUAAUAUCAUAUUUGUAACAGGCGUUAUAACAAAUCUCUGCGCUGAAAACAAGUUAUAUACUUUUCCCAGUCCAUAAACAUAUCUCUGUGUUUUGGCCUAUCCUACAUUAAGUUUUGCUGCAAUUUACCAAUUAUUUUACUUAAUUUAUACUAAAUAGUGGGGCAUAGUGCUUUCCAUCUAGAGAAGUGGAUCUCAACCUGUGCAUCCCCAGAUGUUUUGGCCUUCAACUCCCAGAAAUCCUAAUAGCUGGUGAACUGGCUGGGAUUACUCGGAGUUAUAGGCCAAAACACCUGGGGAUCCACAGGUUGAGAACCACUGAUCUAGAGCUUCGGUUAGUAAGAGAGCCUUUUGGUUUUAUUGUUAGGAGCCUAAGAAGCUACCUUAUACUAAAUCAGGCCAUUGUCCCAUGUUGAAACCAAUUGGUAUCCCCUUUCCAAGGUUUUCAACCAGAAUCCUUUUUUAUACUUACCUACAGGUAGCAGAAAUUGAAAUUGGAGCUUUCUCCAAUGAGUGUUGAUUUGUCCCCGAUUAAUUUCAGUGGUACUUUGCAGUAUUCCCAAGAUUUAGUGGGAAAGUGUGUAAUCCUUUUUGUGUUUUAUUUAUUUCAGUAAUAAACACAAUCAGAAGUGUAUGUUCUAGUCAUAGUGAAGCAACACAACUGCACAAAUUGGAACUGUAGACUUGAACACUUCCAGACAAAAUGACAGUGGUCAAAAAGUGAUGAUGAUAGAAAGGUCACCAGGGUGGGCUAUCUCACAUUUGGGCCAGCUAGAAAACAAAGGUAUUUGUGGGAAGGACACAAGAAUACUUGUAUCUCGCUUAGAUGGGGCCACACAUUAACACCUAUUCACAAAAGUAUCAGCAUCACUUAGAAGAUCACAUGUUUUUUAAUAAUUAGUUUUAGCAAAAACACUCACCCUGCUUUUUAAAACAGUAAACAUGAAUUCUAUUUUGGAUGCUGAUCAAUGUGUAAAACUCAUUCUGAAACAGAGAUGCAGUGAUGAGACAGUACUGCAUUUCUUGAGGUCAGUUAUGGAAUACAACUUUCAAUAGUCUAUAUUUCUUGAUAAUCUUAGUUUAGAGUGCAAACAGAACUUCAGUUGUAAUUAAAAACUAAUCUGCAGUAAACUAGCAAUGUGCACGCCCAGACAUUACUGUGUUCUGAAGGGCAAAAAUAGAAUGUAUUCAAAUGUAUUGCUAUAACUAUACUAAUGCAUUUGCCGUAGGAAGAGCCUAUGGUUCACUUUCCUAUCAGUUCAGCAAAACAAAUGAAGAUAAUCUGGUAUGUUACUUACCAGACUGGAAACUGUAAAUUUUGAACAGAAAAUACUCAAAGCCACCUGAUGGUCCAGAACACCUAAUUGUUCAAUGCCUCCGUUUCCUAGCUCACAGGAAUUGUGUGAGACUUUGUUGAUAAUUAUGAAUAGCCAGCUUCUUGCAUGGAUGGUGCUAUGUAAAUGCUUACCUGUUUGUCCACUUGUCCAAAGGACCACAGCUUGUUUGCUUAUGUCUCCAUUUGCCCCAAAAUUUCCUUAUCGGUGUCAGGCAUUCUGAAGUGCUGGACCAUGUUGGAUGAUGCUUUGUGAUCAGUUUUUGUGGAGUGACUCUGGUUACUGUCUCCCAUUCCUUUUAUUCUUUCAGUGUUUGCUCAGUUAUGCUUGGUCAGCUCUCCUUGUCGCUUAUUUAUCUCUCUUUCUUUUUGGUGCAUUCAGACAAGAGUACAGUGGAUUAUCAUUUUAAGGGGAUGAUUUGCUAACUUACUGAAUUCGUGUAGUGCCAGUGAUUCCAAGAUUUCUACACAGUUGUAAGGAUCAAUGCCCUAUCUCCUUAAAAUUGCCAGCUUUGUAAAUAACAGAAUCUUAGCAAUGACUAACUACCGGUACUUGCUAAAAUCACAAAUUCUUAUUGACUUGGGGAACAGUGCUCGAAUUAUGGCAGGGAGGAUAAUGAAAUCAAAGUCCCAAACUCUGUCUCGACCCAAUUUUAAAUCAAAUCAUGAGAUCACCUACAGCCUUCCAGAAAUAGCAGUUUGGGGGGGGGGGGGGAGAGACACGGGAGAUGGGACAGGCCUUUCUUGCCUUCCUGUAAUAUUUGCACUGCUCACAAGGAUAUAAGAAAUUCAGAAAUACCCAGCUAUCACAUUUGUUAACAGGGGGUUAAUCUCCAGUAACAAAAAGCUCAUGUAAAAUGGUUAUCACUUGCCCAUCUCCGUAGCUUGGUUUAAAAGAGUUGCUAUUUUUCUCAGCACAAAAGCAAAUCACAUUUGCAAUGGCUUUGACUAUCUUACUUCCAAGGUCAAAGAAGGUGUCUUCAGUUAUGGGCACUGAAGAGGGAAAAAAGCUUGCUGGUUCAGACGUUGUGGUUGGCAAAAGGCUCACGAUUUUUUUCAUGUCAGGAGCGACUUGAGAAACUGCAAUUUGCUUCUGGUGUGAGAAAAUUGACCAUCUGCAAAUACGUUGCGCAGAGGUCGCCUGAAUGUUUGAUGUAAGGGAUGAAAAAUCCUUACAUCUGGACCUAUCCAAAUAGCAUAUAUGAAGGUUUGCCACCUUUCCUUUUCCUGACAGUGGCACACUAGACCAAAUUGAAUUUGUACAGCUCCUCUUGGCAUAAAACUUCAAUAAGAGGAGAAAGCUAUACUUGUCGAGUUCCUUCCUGUCAUGCAGCAACCUCACGAGCCUUGCCAGGAAAAGAGUGGGGAUGGGGGGAAAGCGGCAAUCUCUGGAUAUUUGUGGAAAUGAACAUUGUUAGAUCUGAGGGGAAAUGCCACCGCCAGAAUUAAACAUUAGUCAUCCUUUCCUAUCUCUUCUGCAUCUGUACAUUGCUCACUGUGGUGAUAAAAUCUCCACACUAAGCCUUAUUUGUCAGGAAAUUUAAAAAUUCUCAGAAGUGCACAAAGCUAGUGGUAUCUCAGUUAUUCAGUCAACUUUGUAUUGAAAGAAAUGGAUAUCAGAUAGAUGCCCUUUUUGUGCCAUUUAAGGGCUAUGCGUGCAAUCCUUUGGUUUGUAGCGAUCGGUAGAACAUAUUUGUAUGGGCAUUUUGUUACAAACACAAAGUGCUGAUGGGAGCACCCCUUUCAGGGGUGUGCUGAGCCAUGAUUUCAGCACAUAGAACCACAGUCUUGAGUCCAGACUAUUAGCCCAGAUUAAGUGGAUAGUUGUGUCCUUAAAGGUUAUAUGUCUGCUCAGGAUCCCCAAGUACAGACUAAGUCUAACUAUGCACAAAAUGCAGUGAGAAUAAUUUUUAACAGAAAGGGUUUUUUUUUAAAAGAAAAGAAAACUAUAUUGGCAAGAGUUAUUAAAAAUGUCAAGGGUUGUGUAUGUGGAAUACAGUGGCAGGGCCUAUGUAUCUGAAUUCUUCAUUGCCAUAUUGUGAAUUAUACCAAUGUGAACAACUAAGAGAUGAAAAAUGCAAACAAGCUACCAGAGGCCUGGCAAAGUGAAAAGGACUAUUUGCCUUGUUUCUAAUCCAGGCAUGUGCAAGCGAGAUGCCACCCUCUUGACAAUCGAAAUUUUCAAACAUGUGUGAUAAGCUGUAGCUUGGCAGCCACAAAAACAAAUUCUCAGUCUACUUAUUUUGAUGUAAGUAUACUACUGUAUUGUAGCUGUGUGGUAUAUACUGAUACAUUAGUAGUGUAUACUUCUAAGUUAGGGUUUGCUAAUGUAAUACAUUUCAAUAAAAAGCUAUUUAAAAAUACAA